AUGUGUUUUGGUCUGGGCUUGGGUUGUUGUGUGGCGGUUAUAGAAUUCUUCUCUUACAUCGGACUGGUCACUGUGCCUAUCUUUGGAUCUUUUUAUGGGAUAGAGACAGUCCUCCGUUUGUCUAUUCUUUUGAUUAUACACAGUUUACUGGCAGAAUGCUUUCCACAAAUAUUAUUCCGCAUCGUGCCAUUUUUGAACCUCAUCAUGUUUAUUGGUCUCAUGAACCUGCCGAUUUCACUGAUACCCUGGCCAAUGAUCUGGCUCUACGACAAAGUGAUCUGGCUGGCAGAGCCAGUGCUAAUGAUAGCCGAGGUCGUUUUGCUUCAGAAUUUUGUCAUGAGGUGCAGUCAGUACGCUGCCGAUGAGAUUGAAAGAGAAGGAGAUUCAAUAUAUUUGUACAAGGGUGGUAUCCUUUUAUUUUCCUCACUGUGUUAUGCAGUGACAGCAUCUUUAGCGUAUGAAAUCUUCAGUUCAGCAGCACCAAGUCAAGUGUUGUGUUUAUUUAUUGUCCUGUUACUUUUGGUGGCCUUGCACAACAUGAUGUUGAUGGCACAUGAAGGUAUCAUCAGUGACUGUGCCUUCUGUAGCCUCAUCAGUGUGACGAUUCUGUAUAUCAUGGUUGUGGAGACUAAAGAGAUCAGUUCACCACUAGCUGAACCACUUUUGUGGACACAAACUUCUGAAUCACAGUCAAGUGUCAUAAAUAUCAUAGGCAGCAUCAUCACCAUGAGCUCAACAAAAGCACAGAGAUCUAUAGAAUUCUUGAAGAGAUUUGUGACGCCACUGUUCCUUGGUCUCCUAGCCAUCCGACUGUAUGGCAUUCUCUUCAUCAUCAGCAGAGCUACCAGAAACUUUUUUCUAGAUCUGAAUGUAAGCAGUGAAGACAUUGAUUACGAGGACAGUGAAGAAGUUGCCCUCUCUCCGUUGAAGUCCCCACUACUGCUGAAAGUCUCUGUCAUCUUUAUGCUGACCCAGUUCACCAGCGGCUUCCUGGAGGAGUGGAGCGGCCAGGUUCGCUUGCCGUGGCUGGUAGUCAAAUUUCCACCAGAAGUCCUAAUUGGCAGAAUAGUACAAAUUGUUUCCGUGAAUGCAUUUUACAUGUGGAGACUUUACUGGGCAGAAGAUUGGACGUGGAACCUUUGGCUGACUUGA